AUGGUCCCUGCUUUCCCCCAUCCCCUUCCCUGCUUCCCCCGAACCCCUUCCGUGCUUCCCCCCAUCACCUUCCAUGCUUUCCCCCAUCCCCUUCCCUGCUUCCCCCCAUCUCCUUCCUUGCUUCCCACCAUCUUCUUCCUUGCUCCCCCCCAUCCCUUUCCCUGCUUCCCCCCAUCCCUUUCCCUGCUUCCCCCCAUCCCUUUCCCUGCUUCCCCCCAUCCCCUUCCCUGCUUCCCCCCAUCCCCUUCCCUGCUUCCCCCCAUCCCUUUCCCUGCUUCCCCCCAUCCCCUUCCCUACUUCCCCCCAUCCCUUUCUCUGCUUACCCCCAUCCCCUUCCCUGCUUCCCCCCAUCCUUCCCUGUUUCCCCCCAUCCCCUUCCCUGCUUCCCCCCAUCUCCUUCCUUGCUUCCCACCAUCUUCUUCCUUGCUCCCCCCCAUCCCUUUCCCUGCUUCCCCCCAUCCCCUUCCCUGCUUCCCCCCAUCCCUUUCCCUGCUUCCCCCCAUCCCUUUCCCUGCUUCCCCCCAUCCCCUUCCCUACUUCCCCCCAUCUCUUUCUCUGCUUACCCCCAUCCCCUUCCCUGCUUCCCCCCAUCCUUCCCUAUUUCCCCCCAUCCCCUUCCCUGCUUCCCCCCAUCCCUUUCCCUACUUCCCCCAAUCCCAUUCCCUGCUUCCCCCCAUCCCCUUCCCUGCUUCCCCCGAACCCCUUCCUUGCUUCCCCCCAUCCCCUUCCCUGCUUCCCCCCAUCCCCUUCCCUGCUUCCUACUAUCCUCUUCCUUGCUUCCCCCCAUCCCCUUCUCUGCUUCCUCCCAUCCCUUUCCCUGCUUCCCCCCAUCCCGUUUCUUGCUUCCCCCCAUCCCAUUCCCUGCUUCCCCCCAUCCCCUUCUCUGCUUCCCCCUAUCCCCUUCCCUGCUCCCCCCCAUCCCCUUCCCUGCUUCCCCCCAUCCCCUUCCCUGCUCCCCCCCAUCCCCUUCCCUGCUCUCCCCCAUCCCCUUCCCUGCUCCCCCCCAUCCCCUUCCCUGCUUCCCGCCAUCCCCUUCCCUGCUUCCCCCCUUCCCUUUCUCUGCUUACCCCCAUCCCCUUCCCUGCUUCCCCCCAUACACUUCCCUGCUUUCCCCCAUCCCCUUCCCUACUUCCCCCCAUCCCUUUCCCUGCUUCCCCCAAUCCCAUUGCCUGCUUCCCCCCAUCCCCUUCUCUGCUUCCCCCGAACCCCUUCCCUGCAUCUCCCCAUCCCCUUUCCUGCUUCCCCCCAUCCCCUUCCCUGCUUCCUACCAUCCUCUUCCUUGCUUCCCCCCAUCCCCUUCUCUGCUUCCUCCCAUCCGUUUCCCUGCUUCCCCACAUACCUUUCCCUGCUUCCCCCCAUCCCCUUCUCUGCUUACCCCCGUCCCCUUCCCUGCUUCCCCCUAUCCCCUUCCCUGCUCCCCCCCAUCCCCUUCCCUGCUUCCCCCCAUCCCCUUCCCUGCUCCCCCCCAUCCCCUUCCUUGCUUCCUCCCAUCCAAUUCCCUCCUUCCCCCCAUCCCCUUCCCUCCUUCCCCCCAACCCCUUCUCUGCUUACCCCCAUCCCCUUCCCUGCUUCCCCCUAUCCCCUUACCUGCUCCCCCCCAUCCCCUUCCCUGCUUCCCCCCAUCCCCUUCCCUGCUCCCCCCCAUACCCUUCCCUACUUCCCACCAUCCCCUUCCCUGCUUUCCCCCACACCCUUCUCUGCUUCCCCCCAUCCCCUUCCCUGCUUCCCCCCAUCCCCUAG